AGUCAACAGUGAAAAGUAUGGUAUGUUUGACUGCAGGCUAAAAACUAAGUUAAUAAUAUUUGGCCUUACUUCAAUAAAUGUGUAACAAUUGCUAGUUAGUUAUUUGAGAGAGUAGAAACUGUGCAAAAGGUAGUUUUCUACUCCUUGAUGAGGAAUUUCGAUAGGUGCUCCAAACGCAAAGGAAUAUUGAUUAUGUGAAUGAGGCUGGCACAUGUGCUGGACGUUUAUUGCCGUAUAAUUCUUAAUUUUCGACUAUUUUCGUUGUAAGUCAUAAAGUUUUAGAUCUAAGUCAUAAUCAUGAACAGGUUUUGAAGAAGAAAUAGAAAUACUUGUUAUGAAGGAUUAAAGGCUGAAAAUAAAGAAUUACGGAUUACAGUAUUUCAUCUGAUGUUAGAAAAUAAUAAUAAAAGAACGGAGAUAAUUGUUUGGAUGCUGAAAUUAUGAUGAAAUAGUGUCUAAUUUUGGAUUACAUUUGUGGAAUAUUAGAGAAGAAAUUAUAUUCACGGAUUGAAAAAAACAAUGCAUUUAGAAGUAACGCAGAAUUAUCCAGCUUUUGUACUUGACGAUGGUGAGAGGUCGCCAACUUACGCAAAUCUUCGAAACAUAAAGUUAUUGAGCCAAAGCAAUAAUAAUUCAGAGCUGCCAAGUAGUUUGAAUAGCCCAGAGGAGUUCUAUAAAGAAAUACACAAUAUGUCCGGAUUUCCCGAGCCUCCCCCCUACCCUGGACCUCCGAAACAAAUUAACGCACAAGCAGGUCUCCAUCAGAGUUUCUCUGGGAGUGAAGGAAGUACCGAUGUGUCCGUGUCCUCCACAGAAAAUUUGCCGACGUGCAUUCGUCAAGAACCACAAGGGGAGGAAACUCAGCUGCCACAGACUUGUAUCUCUUAUGAUACCUGCGGUAGUAGUGAAUAUAGUAUUAUCGCAAGACUCGGGAUGUCUACGUCAAGCAUGGAUGUUAAACCAGUGAAUACUCCACAAAUAUACGUGACCGGAAAUCCGGCAAACGUUCAUGGACCUCAUUUCGCGACUAGUCCCACGUCUACAUGUGGCAGUCAAAAGCACAAUCUUUAUAUGUCUAACGAAAGUGGAUUUUCAAGUGCAUCAACGUCCAGCUCAAAAUUAACUCUUGGUGAUAAUUCAAAUUUAAAUAGUUCGUUCACAUCCGGAUAUUCUUGUGAUAUGUCACCAAAUGUUCCAUCGAGACAGUCUAUGUCAAACUUUUCAUCACCAGCUAGUGUUUCAUCCUAUAAUAGCAGUACUCUUUAUGCAAAUUUUCCUUACAGUGUUACCCAAGGUGUAAUAGACCAAUCUCAUUUACAUCAAUUACCACAAUUUGCAAUGGCGCCACAGCCAAGUCAAAUGGUACCGCAAUAUUUAACAUCACUACCACCACCGCCAGAAUAUCCCGGAGCAUACGAUCCUAGGGAAGCUACUCGCAGGUCAUACGAAAUCAUAGGAAAACCGGAAAUUCCAGGGUCAAGAUCACAACCGGAAUUGAGUCAUUUUGUUAACACAACAAAUAGGCACUUGGGAAUUGUUCACACUCCAGCUGGUUCAGGGUCAGACAGAGGCUCUCAACAGUCGUUAGAAGGGUGCCUCGACCAGACCCGCUUCUCUUCUGAUAUAGAUCACAUAGCAGCUCAAGCUACACGAAUGGUAGAUUUUCUUACGGAGGAAAAUAAAACGCUCCGAAUGAAACUGUCGAUGUAUGAUCACAAGGUCACAAAGUUGCAAAAGUUCGAACUUGAGAUACAAAGAGUACAUGAGGGGUACGAAGCACUCGUCAAAUCCAACAAGAAACGCGAACAAUUAGAAUUAGCAAUGAAGAAACGUCUAGAAGACGACCUUAAAAAGGUUAAGGCAAUGAACUCUGGUUUAAUACAGCAGUUACAGAACGCUGGUAUUUCAGUUCCAGAAAAUGUCAUUUUGGCGUCGGUUGAACCGACCGACAGUAGUAUGGCACAUCUACUUGCUAAACAUAAAGAAUUACUGAGUAUAAAAGAGCGACAAGACAUGGAGAUUGAGGCUCAUCGAGCAACCAUCACGGAACAGCGGGCGCAAAUUGAAAUUCUACGUAAUGUACAAGCGAAUCAAGCUCGUAUGGACGAUGAGACUCACCGACAGCAAAUCAUUGCUGAAUAUGAUGAACAGAUUCAAAAAGAACUUUCUUCGAUAAAAGCCGCGUACGAGAAGAAAGAACUAACCGAAAGGAGUAUUCGUCAGAAAUUAGAAAAGGACAUGGAUUACUGUCGACAAAACCACGGGCAUCUGAGUGUGAAAGGCAGGAAAACCGAUCCAAAGCGUGACAUUAACGCAGAUAUCAAGAAAAUGCUUGACGAGAAAGAGGCAAAAAUUUUACAGCUAGAGAAAGAAUUGAUACAGUGGAAGGAACAACAGCUUGAAGAAAGUAUUCGUAAAAUAAAACUUCAAGAAGUUGAAACCGACACUUUGCCUCGCCUUCCAGCUUAUGAACAAGCCACUACGACAAAUAUGAACACCACGGAAACACUAAUCCAUGAAGCCAAAAACGAUAAAUUAAGACAAAUGGAGGAAAUUUAUCAAGCAAAUGUGAAAGUUGCUGAGCUGGAAGCUAGCGUGAAAUCCUUACAGUCACAAUUGAGUGAAAAGGAGGCGAUGCUGCGAGUCUACCAACGGUCACCGAUGACUCGUAGUAGUAGUGUUCACACAAUAUACUGUACACCAAAACAUUCUCCUCGGCCUUCUCUAGUAGCGACUGGUUCAUUAAGUCGACAACAGAGUCAGGAGGCUUCCGCGUUGUAUGAUGUCAAACAUAAAAAACAGGGAGCACUAGCGCCCUUGAGUCCUACAGUAAAAUGACACAGGACGAAUUGUUCGAAAAAAUACAAGGCCUUCAGACCACGUCGAAGAGUAACUCGGACAUUGAUGAGAGUUCCGAUAUCUGGCAGGUCUGAACGGUUUGGACAUCGCACCGGGCAUCAAGUUGCCCAGCAAGAAAUUCUUGUGUUCAUGGAACAGGAACAAAGGGUGUGGUGGAGAGACUUUUCGCGAUAUCGGAAUGUUUUUGUUGAUAAAAUAUCUGGUAACCAAGCCUCAAUGGAUGGAAACCUAAUCCAUUUAUAGGACAAUGCUUGGCGGAUGUGUUUUGUGGAAUUUUUUGUGGAAAAUUGUUACCCUGAACAAUGACCGAGGGGAAGCAACUAGUGUUCAAACUUUGGUGAAUGAUUAAUGUGACAGUUACUUCCCUUCUUUUGGAUAACUUAACCAAAAUGGUGAUUACCUCCCUUGUUUGCAGUUAUAAAGGAGAGAUUUACAAAAAAAAAACUGAAGAAGAAAACUUUUGCCUAGCAACAGAAGCAGUUGCCAAGCAACCAGGAUUACCAGAAAGCCUGUGAUAUUCACUUGUCCAUAGGACAUUAAAAAGUGCCAGUAUAUAAUGAAAUGUGAAACAAUGUUGGUUACUAAUAUGUACAUAUAUUUUUAUAUAUAUGGGGAAAAAUGUGGCAUUAGUGACAUCUUACUAUCAUUUUACUAUUCAAAAGUGAUAGUCUGCAAUAAUAAGUUUGAUAAUAGAUACUGAAUAUUUGUUUUUUUAAUUGAUUUGACAAAUUGUACAUAUAAAACCCAAUUGUCUUUCAUACAUUUGAGAUGUGUUUUAUAGUAAUGUAUCAGCUGAACUUUAGAUCUGAACCUAUAUUUUCAGUGCCUUACAAAAUCUAAACCAUGUUUUAUUCCUGCAAUUUCAAUUGUUAAUAAAUAGUAUUAAUGUUGUAUAGCAUACAGAACGAUUUUCCUACAUUCAACACUUUAACCUAUUUCUAAAUCCUAGGAAAAAUGGUUUGAAUCUUGUUUUAGAAAUAAGCUUUGAAACUGAAGUUUAUGAAAAGGCUCUUUGAUAUUUCCGAUCUUGAUUUAGAUUGUCUCUUUAAAUUAGAAUGAACUUGAAGCCUGUGUGAAACCUGGAUUAAAGACAUGAAUUUAUUCACCCAGGCUUAACAUAACAAUUUAAGAUUUCUUUAAGCAUAUCUGUAAACUCUUAAUGAAUUUAUUGCAUAAAAAAUGUCAACUUCUCUCUUUAUAUCUAUAUUAUGAUCAAAAAUGCAGUAUAGAUAAAGAGUGAUAAACUGACAGAUUUAAUAAAAUUGUUAAAACAGUUGCAGCAUAAUGGGGGAUGUUUUGAUAUCAGAUCAUUAUGCUUCACCACCCAUGUCUUUCAAAACAUUGAAUGAGAGAGUGAGAGAGAAAAAAUGGGAGAGAUAAGGGAAUAAAAGCGUCAUUUAUCAUUUGAAAGGUUUAGAGAAUAAAUUAUUCAUCAUAUUGAAUAAUAAUUAUGCCUGCAACAGUUUUUAUAAUGUUUAUUUCAGAACCAGCAUUUAAAGAAGUGUUUAGUACUUUUGAAUUUAUUUUUUUCUUGCACAAGCGAUAUUGACAACGAGAUGCAGUUUAGAUUUUUUUAUGUAUUUAUUGACUUCAAUUCUCGGCCAUUGCACAGUGCACUGUUAAAAUUGAUAUUUAUGUAACAUGCAUGUUUUUUAAACAAUUUAACAUGACAAGUAUCUUUAGAUACUGUACAGUUGCACCUUAUUUUUUUGCACUGAUCUAACAACGUCAGUUUUUGGGAAUACUCCCCCUUUUUAUCUGACUGAUAAAAGCUUGAGUACACAAUUUUUUUACACAUCUUUAUGAAAGGAGAAUGUAAAAUUGCAAUAUUUUUAGGGCGAAAAUAAAAAGAAAAAAUUUUAAGAUAUUGAAAUGCUUUGUUGAUGUUUUUAUCAUUCCAAGAUCAAAACUUUGAGUAAUAAUGGUUACUUGUAAAAGUUGAGCAGUAUAGAUGGUGAAUUUGCUGUAUUACUGGUUACAUAUGUUUGUGGAGUGCAGUAUAGAUGAUGGGAUUUUUUUUUACACAUUUAUGAUGGAAUGUUAAUGGAUAAUUCAGGGGCCUAGUGUUAGCUGUUAAAAAUCUUCUAACGUCACUGUGAAGGCAUUGAAGAAGUUAUAUUACAAUCUAAUUGUUUUCCCAUGGCAUCCUACAAAAUUCCAAUUGGAUGAAUCAACCAAAGUAAAAGUUUUAAUGGUAUAUUCCAAAGGCUACAGCCUCAGUAAAAGUCUGGUUUGAAAACGCUAGUGUCUUAAGGAUAGUUCAGUCUGUAAUUUUGAUACAAGAUUCUUAAUGUAUUAUUUGAUUUUUUUUCUUUGUGAUUUCAAAUGAACAGACAUGCCAGCUUAUCCAAACUUAGAAUAGCUGGGUCAUAUGUCAGCAAAUUUUUAAUGAUGGCCGUUGUUUAUUUAUAUCCUUUCGGCAGGUUAGAUAAAUUUUCUAUUAUGGUUAAGGAACUGUUUUAUUACUGGAAACAAACUUUAUUACAGACUUUAAAAAAUAAUUUACUGCAUGUCUUAAUGUUUCAAAUAAAAACUUUCUCCCGUCAGUGCAUAUGAUGAUGAUGUUUUAUAGAAAAUAAGUGGGUUCGUAAAUUUUGAGUUGAUUCCCAGGGAGGAUGAGCGUAUUCAUCUGUUUGUUUUAAACAUUUAUUGUCAAUAAAUGUGUGCAAUAAAAAUCAUGAUAUUUUGUGUUUAGAUUUCAAUGCAAAGUAUUUGUUUAAUGUAAUAUCAUUUGUUAUUGAAUGAUGCACAUGUUGUAUAAGUGUUGAAUGUGGGCUGUAACUGGUUAAUUCAUCUGUUUAAAUGUGAACUCUGUCUUGAUAUAAAAAAACUAUUAAAAAUAUUCUCUUUUUUUCCCCCAUUCUUAUAAAGAAAGAGCGCAGGAUAAAAAUGACUCUUUGAAUAGACAGGAUUUUAAGUUAUAUUACAGCAAUACAAAAUUAGGAACUACACAAUUUAGUAAAUUGUAAAUUAUAUUUAAUAUUUAAUGUACAUUAUUAUACUAUUUCUUUUUUUUCUUUCUUAUUUUUAUUUAUUUUAAACAUAAUUUUUGUGCUAAAAUUUAUUUUUUUGUAAAAUAUGGAAAAAAUGAAAAUUGUUUCAUUAUAUAUUAUUUUUUUAACUUCUGUUUAUUUAUUAUGAAAGGGAGAGAUUUUCUCUUCAUUUUUUUUUCUUCAUUUUUUUUAAAGAAACAGUCCGUUUGUCAUAAUAUAUAUGAUGUUUUGAAUGUGAUUGGUUUUUUUUUUUUAUACAUUUACUAAGUAAAUGUGUGGUGAAAUAUGUGUACAUGUAUACCCUAAUGACCAUUUAUUUGACACUGUACACAAAUUGAAAUACAUGGUUGUUAUUAUAUUUUAUGAACAAAUAAAGUAAUUUAUUUGAAUUAA